GCUAACUUUCAGUUUGAAAGUAUACAAGUAUCAAGAAGCACAAUAGUCUACUUUAUUAUUUCCCAUCGAAGGGCUUGUUACCUCAUAUUAUAUCGUCGGAGUUCAGUAGUGCUAAAUUAGUCACUAUUUAUGUGACAUUGAAGGUAUAUUUGUCAUUUGGAAAAUGUAGAAAGCGACAAGUAUGAGUCUUCUGGGUAAAGCAGACGCAAAUAAUUGCCAAACGAAUUACCAGGCUGGAGCAAUAGACUAACGUGAAACAUGGUGAAGUUUAUUAAUUUAGUAACCACGAUGCUAACAACAGCCGAAACGUGUGAAAAGAUAUAACAUUUAAAUCAACGUUGGAGCAGUUGCUUACAAGAAAGUAAAUAGAAAUAUGUUUGCGUUCAGUAGUAAUGAAAGUGCGGUUUUAGAGCGAAAAGCAGACAUUACAGAACGAACUAUUCAAACUAAUGUAAGAGACAUUAAAUAUUAUUAUGAAUUGGACAGAUGUACGGAAUGGGCAAAGAAGAAUGGCUUAAGUAAGAUUUGUUUGCAGUUCCCAGAUGCUCUGUUGCUUGAUUCUGUAGGGGUAGCUCUUUGCCUGGGGAAAAUACUAGGCAGCAAACCUUUUAUUCUUGGUGAUACAUCUUAUGGGAGCUGUUGCGUUGAUGAAGUGGCUGCUGAACAUGUGAAUGCUGAUGGUAUCAUCCAUUUUGGCCACGCUUGUCUCACUCCUACAAAUGACCGUCUGCCCAAGUUGUAUGUAUUUGAGAAACUGCCAGUAGACUGUCAUGAGUUUGUGUGCUGCUUCAGAAAUGUGUUGAAGUGCAAGACUGCUAAAAUCCUUCUCUUAUAUGAUGUCUGCUAUCAACAUGCCAUUGACUCCAUCGUUGAGAACAUUGCACCAGAUUUUCCUAAUAUGGUUGUCUCGGAACUGGCCACUUCUGUCAGAAAUCUGGGGGCGGAUGAAGAAACAAAACUUGGAAGAAAUUUCAAAUUGUUGAAUGGGUCAAAAUUAGAAGAAUAUUCCAUUGUGUUUAUAGGACAAGAUGGACCUAUACUGUCCAACAUAGCUCUGACAUUGCAUGGCAGAGAUUUGUAUUGGUACGAUCCGUCAGGAACGAAACAGCUUGAACGUUACAGUGUUCAAAACAACAAGUUCCUAAUGAAACGAAUGCACCUCAUCGAACGAGUCAAAGAUGCUAAAACGUUGGGUAUUGUGGUUGGGACGUUGGGUGUUUCAAACUAUCUUGGCGCUGUGGACAGACUCAAAGAGCUUGCAAAGCAACGAGGAAAGAAGAUAUACAUAAUUGCUGUUGGGAAGCCCAAUGUUACAAAAUUGGCAAAUUUUCCCGAGAUCGAUGCUUUCGUGUUGAUAGCGUGUCCAGAGAACUCAUUGCUGAACUCAAAAGAGUUUUACCGCCCAAUUGUAACUCCUUAUGAAGUGGAGUUGGCAUGCAAUUCAAAUAGGGAAUGGAGUCAGAACUAUGUACUUGAGUUCCAGCAUCUGUUACCAGGUGGAAAUCAUUACCAGGAACUUGGAAAUACUCAUGAUAUCACAGCAGAAGACACUGCAGAUAUAUCUCUGGUUACGGGCCAAGUCCGUGUCAUGCCAGAACGAGAGUCUUCCGGUGACGUUGUUCCCACAUCGGGUGUUGUCGCUUUGAAAGAUGAUUUAGUGGUAUCAACAAAUAUGGCAACAGGCUCAGAGUUCCUCAGUAAGCGGAGUUGGCGAGGGUUAGAACAGAACUUGGGCGAGGAGGAUGCUGUUCUGGCCAGUAAGGGUCGGAGUGGCGUUCCUCAGAACUAUGAUACAGAUCUUGAUACCAUAUCUUAACCAAGAACUAAAAAGUUCCUGGACAUUUAUGUAUAUAAAGGUUCUUUGAGAAAUAAAUGCACAGAUCCCAUAAUUUUAUUAAGGUGUUUAGACUGGUUUGGAAAACUUUGUGGGCAUCCUUCAUUCUCAUUCAGCUGUUUUGGGUGGAUGGCUGACGAGAACUGAAUUGUUGUCUAAACCAAUUUUUUUUUCUGAGCUGUUUGCAUUUCUUUUCUGUUUCUUACUUUUGAUUUGUCCUACAGUUCUUAUUUUCCUGUUUGAAUUUUGGAUGAGGAUUAAUGAAUUUUGUUCUUGAUCUUGGGCUUAGACUGAGACAAGUAGAAACAGCUCACUGUAUGUAUCUUUUAUUUGUCAUGUAUCUACUUUUGCAGGAAAAUCCAAUAUGUGGUAGAGAAUUGUGUGUAUUUUGUAGUAUGAAAUAUGUAUGUAUGUAGUAUAAAGUUUACAGCUUAAAACUA